AUGAAACAAUUAGUCAUACUCUUUGUUUUGAUAUUAUUCGUAACAGCUUCCAGCGGUAAUUAAACUAAAUAUAAAUAAUAGAUCUGCUAAAGUCACUAUCUAAAUUUGCUGAUGAUGGAGAUAAUUCUUCCAAAUUUGCCAAAAGUAAAGUUUCUCCAUUUUCUGAAGAAGAAUCAGAAGAAUAUGAUGAUGAUGAUACUGACAACUAAAAGAAAAUGUCAUAAAAUUCUUAAUUAAAUGAAGAUGAUGAAGAAGUUGAUGUUAUGGCUUAAUUGAAAAGUUAUUAACAGAAACUAUCCACAAACAAAGAUGUUAAACCAUCUUUACCUUAAAAAAAAUAGGUUCCUAUUAUUUCUGAAUCAGAAUCUGAAUAUGAUGAUGAAGAUGACAGUGGUAACAUGUGGAGUAGAGGAAUAUCAAAAAAAUUAGCUCAAACUGAAUCAAAAUUAUUAGUGUUACCAAUAUAAACUGCUAAAGAAUAAAUUAAGAAUGACUUCAACUAAUUUACAAGUUUAAAAAUGCCUGAAGUAUAAUAAAGACCUUAAGAAACAAAAAUACAAGAUAAGAGUGAAAAAGUUUAAGAUGAUUCUGAAAAAGAACAUUCUGCUGAUUUUGAAAAAAUGAAAUAAGCAUAAUUAGAAAAAUAUAGUAAAAGAUUUCAUCUUGAUGAACCUAAAGAAUCUAAGAGUAUGUAUGAAGAUGAUAGUUUAAAGGAGUUUAUGCCAAAAAUUAAUUUUCAACCUAUUAACAUAUAAGAAACUAAAACUUCAUCAUAGAUUUAAUUAAACCAAGAUAAAAAAUAAGAAAAUAAAUAUGAAGAACUAGAAAUUGAUGAAAGUGAUUCAGAUGAAGAUGAUGAAUCUUUUGAUAUAAAAAAAAAGAAUUCUUAAUCUAAUAAAUCAAAUAAUAAAAUGUUAAGUGACUAAUAAUCAUAAUCAGAUACAUUUGAUUUCUUUAAACAAAAUAAUUAAUAGUAAAAAUCAAAUAAGAAAAAUUAAAAAGUUGAAUCAGAAUCAGAAGAUGAAGAUAGUGAUUAAAGAUAAGAGUCGAUCGAUGAAGAUGAAGAUGAAGAUUAUGUUUAAAAAGUGAAGAAGAAUAAAAAAUAAAAAGUAGAAGGAGUAAAAAAGAAGGAAUAAUUAAUCUAAUAAUAAUAAGAGGAGGAAGAAGAACAAAGAAGAUUAAUAUUAAAAAAAUAGAAAGAAAAAGAAUAAGAAGAAUUGAGAAUAAAAUAAGUGGAGGAUGAAAGAUAGUAAGAACUCUUAAGAUAAUAAGAACUAUUAAAAUAAUAGAAAAAUAAAUAGAAUUUUGAAGAAGAUUAAAUUCCUUAGAAGAAAAAAUAAAAAAAAUAAAAAAAGUAAUUAAGUUUGGAAGAAUUUCAAUAAUCUUUAAAAUUAGAUGAAUAAAAACCUUAAACAACAACAUCUUUUGCAUAAAAGGAAGCAAAAGAAAAAACAAUUUUGGAAUAAAAGACAUUUACCUUAAUGAAGGAGCCAGUAUAAUAAGUUUAAGAGCAAAAAGUGUUCAAAUUGUAAGCAAUUCCUAAAAAAUAAUAAUAACUAAUUUAAGAAGUAGAAGAAUCUGAUAUUGAUAGUGAUGAUGAUGAUUAAGAAUUUGAAACUCCAAAAGCUAUUAAUUGUUUUGAGAGUAAGAAUAAAUUUAUAUAAUAAAUCUGUUAAUUAUGUUAAACUAAAGUGGCUUAUUAGGUUAAUUAAUAGAAUUGGUAGAAGAUUGGAAUAAAUGAUGGUUUCAGGUAUUUAUUAAAAAUUGUAUCAUAUAUCUUAGGAAUUUAGGCAAUCCUUUGAGCCGCUAAUCGAGUUCACUUUCAAAAGUAUAGGUGAAAUUGGAUCAUAUUAUUUAAGUUUUAAAGAUCAUACGGUUUGUUUAAGUGCUGAGAAUUUGACUAAAAUUGUAAAUAAUAUAGUUAAUGAUUUUUAGACAAAUGUUGAUAAAGUAUUGAAACAUUUUACAGGAAAUUAGCUUGCUGAUUAUAGUUCACCAGUUGAUAUUCCUGCUAAAAGCUAACCUAUUAACUUUUUAUUGAGUGCAGAAUAUGGUAUGCAAUAUAAAAAUUAAAAUAGAUUCAUUAUUAAAUGGAUUUUCAUGUAGAAGAUUUUAAAUAGCAAUAAAAACAGAUUUGAAGUAUAAAUUGAGUAAAAAAAAUGAUAUAAAUGUAAAGCAAAUAAUAUUUUAUAAAAAUAAAGUAAAAUAAAGAAUUAUGAAAAUUAGUUAAAAUUAAAAUAUAUUGGUUUGAUUUAAAUAAAUGGAGUAAUACAUUAGGCAAGUUUUGAUUAAGAAGAAGGAGGAGAAGCAACAAAUUUAAUUGUUACUCAAUUGAAUUUACCAAAAGAAUAAGGUGUAAUAGCUAGUUUGGUUGAUAAAUAUAUUGAUAGCAAUUUUGCAACUGAUAUGUUAUAAAAAUCAGGUAGAAUAAAAUAGUUAGAUUUUAGAUUAAAUGAUGGUUGAUUUAUAGAUAUAAACUCAUGUAAAGAAUGAUGAAAUAGGAUUAACAUUUAAUUUAAGAAAGAGGAAAGGGAAAUGA